CCUAGAACGUGACCGUACGAACUUUGAUGUUUAUCGUUGGAAGGAUAUUAGGGCCUAUGAAGUGAAAUUUCGCUCAGAGUUUUUACCCACAGUUAUGACGUUGUGACAGAAUGUUAUCUUUAUUUAAUGUUAUUUGGUAUUUGAUUGAAUAAGGCUACUAAGAUGACAGAGAUUUUGUGCCGUUGGCUCAAUUCCGACCUGGGCAUUUCGCAGCCAGUAGAUCAGAAAAACUUUGCUGAGAAGUUUGCAUCUGGUUAUCUGAUCGGAGAAGUCCUCAAGAAAUAUGACCUUCAAGAAGACUUUGAAUCAUUUUCGCAGUCAAGGACGGCAGACUCCAAGCUCAAUAACUUCACCCGACUGGAGCCCACGUUGCAUCUGCUGGAGGUGCCCUUUGACACCAACACGGCCCAUGGUGUCAUGCAGGAGCAGCCGGGUGUGGCCACCCGGCUCAUGUACCAGCUCUACAUCGCCCUGCACAACAAGAGGCAGGCCAACUUGACGGGCGUGGCCAUGGAGACCAUGCGGGCGCGGGCUCCGGUCAAGCUGGAGAGCUUAGAGCGAGGUCCCUACAAAGAGCGUCUGAAGGUCCUGACUCCCCGCCAGACCGACCUGAACCUGGACCAGCUGGUGGAGAAGUUCCGGGAGCGCAAGCGGCAGCACCUGGACGUGGAGUUCCGCACCCGCUACGAGGAGGAGGAGAAGAGGCGGGAGUGGCAGCAGGACGAGCGGCUGCGGGAGCUGCAGAAGGCAGCUGACGCCCGGAAGAGGCAGACCGAGUUAGUGGCCAGGAUCAAGGCAGCCACUGUGGAGAUGCCUAAGACACCACCCAACAAGACGUUGAAGGCCAUUGUAGCUCGACGAGAUGCCGCCUUGAAGCGAGAAGCGUCGGAGAUGAGGCGACAGAUUGCCGAGUUUGAGAACCAACUCAGUCGCUCCUUGAACAUGACGCAAGAAGACAGGGAUGCCGAUGAGGAAGUAGCUACUUAUCUUCAGCAGCAGCAGCUAGAGAAAGAAAAGGCCAAGCCAGAGUUGGUGCAGCUCAUCAGGCCGGCAUCCAACGACGAGUACAUCAGCAAGAUCAGGAAGCGGCUUCAGGAGGAUGCCACCGCUCGGCAGGAACGCGAGAAACGACGGCGCAAAGUGCUAGUGGAUCAGCUCAAGGCACACGAUGCGCAGGAGGAGGCCCGCCGGGAGGAGAUGCUGGUGAACCGCCUGAUGCGGCAGUCCCAGCAGGAGCGCCGCAUUGCUACCCAGCUGCUGCAGCUGCGCCAUGAGAAGGCUGUCAUCUGCCAGAACCGCAUCUUCCGGGAGCAGCAGUAUGAGGAGCGGCGCCAGAGGGAUUUCCAGGAGGCGCUGGACAAGGAAGCCGAGCUAGCUCGGCUAGCCAAGCUGGAGUACAUCGAGCAGACAAAGCAAGACAAGGAGCUUCACGACAAGAUUGCCCAGGAGCGGGCUGAGGCCAAGUACCUCAAGCGAUACAACAUCUGUCAGGAUAUCUUGCUGGACCUGGUGGACCUGUCUUGUAAAGUCGGCAAAUACCGGGAGCUCACUGAAAAACAACUUCCAGCCAAACUGAUGAGAGAAUGGAAAAUGUUGUUCAGCACUGGUCAGCCUCUGUACGAGAAACCGAUUGAAGGACAGGGCGAGGAACCAGUGGAAUCUGCAGAGGACCAGCUGGUGGAGAAGGAGAGGCAGGCAUUGCUGGACGAAGGUGACUUCUUGGAGUACAGGAACAUGGUGGGUGAGUGGCAGAUACCGGCAGACUGCGACAUCAAGGGUCCUCAGAAGAGCAACGCCAUACUGGGCCACAUCUUAGCCCGUAUCUUCAACAUUGUCUCACCGCCAACGCCCCCACCAGCAGCUCCAGAGAUUCCACCCUUCCCAGUCAAGGCUUGUUUCCUGGGGAAAGCGUUCACCGGAAAAUCCACCGUAGCCUCCAAGCUCGCUGAGGACCAUGGCCUCGCUGUUCUGAACAUUGACGAGCUUGUCCGUGAUGCAGUUGAUGCAUACAAAGACGGUGAAGUCAUGGACAUACCCCCGCCUGCACCAACAGAGGUGGAGCCAGUGGAGGGAGCUGGAGGGGACCAGCCGCCAGCAGCAGCCGUUGCUACAGUUGAAAGUCCCUCUGGACAACUGAGCACCCCUGGAGAUGCUACUGUCAACACGGCGGCAUCCAUCCCUGAGGCUAGAGACAGCAAGGAGAAAGUGGAAGACGACAAGCCGGACACUGCUAAGGAGGGAGGAGAAGCAACCGAUAAGCCCCCAGAGGCACCAAGCAGCGAGGUCAAGACAGUCAAGAAGCCACCCAGUCCAACAAAGAAGAAGGGCCCGCCCAAACCGGAGCCCACAGCUCGAGCUAAGCUAGGCAAGUUGGCCUCCAAGUUCCUGCGUAAAGGCCAACCGGUCAAAGAUGAGCUCCUGAUUGACAUCAUGGUUGAGGCCGUCAAGCGAACCCCUGAGGAGCAUGGCUGGAUCAUGGAUGGCUUCCCAGCCACCUUGGCUCAGGCAAAGCUCCUGGAGAAGGCGCUGAGUGGCUAUGAUGCUAAUGCCAAGCCCUCCCGCAGCAAGCUGAGGCAGAGUCGGCUGGCUCCAGACCCCAACCCGCCCAAGGAGCCUCCCCCACCGGUCAGCGGCAUCGACCUGGUGCUGCUGUUUGAGUCGCCUGACGAGCUGGUGCUCAAAAGAGCAGCUGGACGCACUUAUGCCAGUCAGUCCAGGGAACAAUACCAGCAGGAGUUCAAGCCACCUCCUGAGGGCAGCUGCACCGGGGUAGGUAAGCAAGAGAAGGUGUCGGCCGUCAAGGAUGCAGCGCACGACCAGGAGCAGAUCCAACACAGGCUGACUGGUUUCCAAGACGCCUGGAAGAAACUGGACAAGUGGUUCAGUGGCUUCGGCAUCCUGCGCAAGGUGGACGUGGCCUCCGAGCAGCAGGAGGCCUACACCAGGGUGGAGGAGAUCAUGAUAGAGAUGAGAGAGAAGAUCGAAAAAGCCAAAGAAGAAGCGGAAAAGCAGGAGGAAGAUCUCCUCAAGGCCGCCACCGAGGGCAGCACAGCGGGGGCCACAUCUGAGGUGCCAACAACCACCCAGCCCACUGAAGGCAUGGACUCACUGGCGACGCAGCAAGGGGACACUCAGCCCAGCGAUGGUGCCCUGUCUGAGGCAGGAAAAGAAUCCACCCCUGCGGUGGCACCAGGAUCCCCGAAAGGCUCUCGAGCAGGUUCGGCAAAGCGUAGUGGGUCAGCCAAGGGCGGCUCUCCCAAACGAGGUAACUCCCCCAAACGGGAGAAGUCCCCAAAGAGUGGCAAACGAGACCGGGAGAAGAAGAGAGAAGGCUCCCGAUCAGGAAGUGCCAAGAGAUCCCCAUCCAGUGGCAAAGGCAAGAGGGGCAAGUCAGGUUCCCCCAAGCGUGGUAAAUCUGGACGAAAGUCACCCAAGAGGGAGCCAACCCCCGAGCCAGAGCCGGAACCCGAACCCCCAGUACCCACUGGGCCGCCCCCACCCCAACCGGGCUCAGAAGACUGGGUGUACGUGGACGAACCUAUCGAUGAGGCACUUGCCCUGGUGCUUGCCCCCCACUGGGAGAACACCGAGGCCACCUACGUGGCCAGCUCCAAGCACGUGUUCCACAACAUCCGCGACGAGCGGGAGAACAUCUACCACUACUUCUACAAGGUGCGGCGGGACUUCGAGGAGUACCUGCGCCGGCCUGACAGCAAGCAGGAGUUCUUGGCCGCCUGGCAGCAGGAGUACAACGAGAUCGCAGAGGACAUGAGAGAUGACGACGAAACCAAGUCAGAGCUUCAUCAGAGGGUCCAGGAUCUGAAGGAGCAGCUGUGGGAGAUGUCGGACAACCGCAAGGAGGAUGCGGAGAAGGAGCGCACCUCAGUCAUGGAGGAGGGAUGGCUGGAAGACCGGCUGGGGCUCCUGACCAACCACUACCUGACCCUCAUGCAGGGGGAGGUUGACCGUUACCAAGACACCCUCCGCCUCCUCAAGGACUACUACCAAGGCAUGGAGGGCAAGAUCCCCGAGGAGUUUGAUGCGGGCUUUGUGCGCAUCCCCCUCAUCGACCUCUCCACGGUGGCCGAGAGGCCCAGCUCUGCCCCCGUCAGCGCCCCGGCCAGCGAGUCAGUCACCCGGGCUGUCACACCCACCACCCCCUCCGCCAAGGGCAAAAAGGGGAAGGAGCCGCCCCCGGAGGAGGCCAAGGAAGAGCUGGAGGAGGAGAAACCAAAGAUUCCUCUAGUCCCCCGUCGUCCAACCUCCACCGAAGGCUUCUUCCCUAGCCAGACACCGGCCGGUAAAGCAGAGAAGGGAAGCAAGAGUCGAGCGGGCAAGAAGGAAAAGGAGAAGCCAGCCCCCGUGGCCAGCCAGGAGGAGGCCCAGGAGAGCCCCCAGCCACCCACAGACCCUGACGAGAAGUUAAUCUUUGACGCCUUCCAGUUUGGAAUGAUGAAAAUCACAGAGAUUACUGCAGCCGAGCUGGCGGCCCGCGACGCUGAAGACGAGGCCGAGAAGCUCCGUGAGGCUGAGAAGGACAAGGAGAAAGAGAAAGGGGCGGCCAAGAAGCCCGGCAAGAAACGCAGCAAGAGCAAGUCACCCUCAGGCAAACGGUCCCCAGCCGGCGGCAAGAAGUCGCCCAGCGGUAAGAAGUCACCCGUGGGCAAGAAGUCACCCAAGAAGGGCAAGAAGACAGCCACUCCUACCCCUCCACCCACGCCGCCUCCUGCAACGGAAGACACUCCCGAAGAGAAGGCUAAGAAGGAGCUGAGGGAUCGCAUGAAGCAGGAAUACCUCGGCGCUAUCUCCCAUGAAGAGGCUGGGUUGAAGAUGCGCAUGGAGCUGACCAAGAUCCACGCCAUCGCUGUCCUCCAGGAGCUGAAGGCCAAGGCGGAGGAGGUCUACAAGGACAUGGAUGACUGGCUGGGUGCUCGCUUCCAACAAGAGAUGGCCAGCAUCGACACCCUGGCUGAAGUGCUCGGCGAGAAGAUUGAAAAGAAAGAGAAGAUCCAACCGGAGCUGGUCUCCCUUCAGGAUGACUUCAUCGUCAACAAGGAGGUGGCUGUGUUCCGCACCCCCAGCCCCCCUCCAAGGCCCUCCCCCACUGAGAUCGCCCAGCCAGACGCCUUCACCGUGGACCAGAUGAGACUGCUGCACCACCAGUUCAUGAGCUCGGCGCCCUCCGGCUUCAUCUCCAACAAGGCCUUCGUGGACACCCUGUCAGAUAUGACCGCUCUCACGCAUGGCACUGAAGCACUGCCUGAUAAUUGGAUGGGUCUCAACUUGCAUCAGUUAGAGCAGCUGUCCACUAUCUUGUCCCCGGACUGCGAGUACGUGGACUGGCGCACCUUCAUGCUGCAGGUGGCCCAGCCCUGGCCUCAGCCCUCCCAGGCCCAGCUCCUGGAGACCUUGCAAGGCUUCAAGGCUGUCGACACCUUGAACGUGGGCAUUGUCACCCGCGAACAGUUUGAACAGGUCCGACUGUGGUACACGGCUGACCCCUCACCCCCAGAGCCCAAUGACCCCAGCAAGCCCCUGCCGUUCGACCGUGUCACCCACGUCCAGAAGUUUCUCUUCGACAUCUUUGCCGAUCAGGCCUCGCAGCCUCCAGUAGUAGACUACACAAACAUGCUCCUGUAUUUCAGCGUCGACCAGGACGCCAUGAACGGCUUGUUCCGAGCCCUCAGCAUCGCCUCCGCAAAGCACAUGCCCCGACCCCAGCUGGAGGACAUCGAGUCUCGGGAGAAGCAGCUGGAUCAGCUGAACGUCAUGAAGGAGGUGGUGGAAGUGAUUACAGGCAGUGAGAUCAGACUCCAGGACAAGAGAGUGGAGCCUAGCCUAGGCCCACCCGAGGAAGGCAUACCACCUAGUGCCUUGCAAGCUACCGUGGAACUCAAGGCCUUAGUACAGGUGUUACACCACGGCCGCCCCACCCUGGGUGACAGCCACCGCUUCAGUGUGACCUCCGAUCCUGAGGACACCUUCUCCCAGGAGCGGCUGGCCAGCGUGUACCGUGAGCUGGGCGACAACAAGCUGGGCCCGGUGCCGUUCUUCACGCUGGUGGAUCACCCCAUCAUACAGGAUUGCCUGGCCAUGUGCCAUCGCUACAAGACACCUGAUUUGCGUCCAGUCUUCGCCGCGGCAACCACCACCACCACCAUCCUGGUGGACAAUGAUGCAACCAGCGUUAUGUCCUGAGUCAAUUAUGCAGCCAACGUGUGUUGGGUCCGCCCCCGUCCCUUAGCUCCGCCCCCUUGUCCAAGCCACUCCCCCGUCAUGCCCUACACCCAACCUAUUUGUGCCUUAGUACCUCCCACACGAGCGACCAACUUUUCAUUUUGCUAAUAUAACCACAGCUUUACCUUGCAAUCCCAUAUAGACCUUCUCAUUAAUAAAUUUUAUAAUUAUGCACGCAUAUACACAAAUGGCCUUGGCAGGAAGGGCCAUUGAAACUGUGCAGGGGUACAAUUUCGAUCAUUUUCUCUCAGGUUUCUGGCUUUGUUCCGUUGUUUCUUCAAAAUAUCCCAUUAGAUAUUUUGGCUGUUGUUAGUGAAAGGGUCUAUUUCCCUUUGGCCAAACCCUUUUCUCUAUGUAGCUCCUCCCCCUGAUGCUGUAACCCCUCCCCUUUAUUCUGUAGUACCUCCCCUACAUCCCUGGAAUGAAAUUCCAAACUUCUAAUGUACAUGUAUUCUGUUACUAUAGUUUAUCAAUAUGUAAAUAUCUAAUCCUCAGAACAUAUUUCCAUUGUAGUUUAGAUAUCCUCUAACCUCUUGUGACCCUAAUAUAUGAUUUCUUUCUCUGAAUGCUAUGCCGUAGUGGUUUGCGUAUUCAUAAAUUAUCAUGCUUGAGUUUUGUAUGGAGUGAUGAGUGCAUGUGAAGGUAUUCCGUCCAUAGGACAUCAAAAUAUAUGGGUUGUUGGUAUUAUUAAAUUGCUAUGAUUAAUGAACAUUUUCAAGAGUAAUUGUUAAGUCACAGAAAGUUAAAUUUUAGGAGGAUUUUCCCCACGAGAUGAUUGCUAAUACUAGAUCCAUACCAUAUUGUUCCACGUAAACUUCAUUUGCUGUUAUUUUGUGCUUAGAUAACAUACCACUCAAAUGUGCCUUUACCGUCAAUGCCAUUUUACAAAUGCGAAUUCCGUCCAGUUUUUAAAGCAAACAUUUCAACUGUACAUUCCAGAUUCAUUGUCUCAAAAUUGUGUAAGUGCGCCGAGCCGUCCAGUCAUUUUGUAAUCUUCCAAAAGUUGGCUCUUUGAAGUGUUAUAACCGUUGAAUUUAUGUACAUGUACAUGUCUGUUAACUUCUCAUGAUCCGUCCGUAUUUGUAAUAGUUGCACUCCGUGUAUAAUUAUAUUCAUUGGUUUACCUAGUUUGGUUUGUACAACAGAGAUAUUAAAAUCACAGCAUGUUAAGAAUUAACAAGA